AUGGCCUUUUACACAAACUUAUACUCAGUAUCAAAACAAAUUUCAAGAUUCAAACCAACAAAUAUAAACGAAAUGAAAAUAUUUAUUGGUAUUCAUAUUAUUAUGGGCUCUUUGAAAUAUCCUAGAGUACGUUUGUAUUGGGAAGAAAAUUUUCAAAUUAAUCUCAUUUCGCGUAAUAUGUCACGAGACCGUUUUUUCGCAUUAAGAACUAAUUUUCAUAUAAUUGAUAAUAGCACUAUAAGUAAAGAAAAUAAAGAUAAAUUUACCAAAGUGAGACCAUUAUUUGAUGCAGUGUUAAAAAAAUGUAAUAGCCUACCUUUAGAACAAGAACUUUGUGUUGAUGAACAGAUGGGAUAUUCAGAAUUAGACAGUAACUUAGUAAAAUCGGUGGGCUCUGGUGAUAGUGUUGUGUUACAUUUAACACAGAAUGUUCCUCCGAACCGCCAUUUUUUAUACUUCGAUAAUUAUUUUUCGUCAUUUGGAUUAUUUGAGAGAUUGCAACAGUUGAAAAUUUACGCGGUUGGUACAAUUAGAACAAAUUGGUUUGCACAACCAUCAUUUUUAAGUGACAAACAAAUGCGGAAAAUGGGUAGAGGCACUGCAUUUGAAGUUACCAUAGAUAUGAAUAAUUGUAAUAUAGGACUUGUGAAGUGGUUUGAUAAUAAAGCAGUUACUCUUGGUUCUAAUUACAUAACAUCUGGAGAAGUUGACAAAGUCGAGCGUUGGGACAAAAAGAAAAAGCAUAUGUAG